GGAUCGAUGUAGGUGAUGUUGACGAAGGCUGUGUACCACUCCUCCUUCUCCGCGACCGUGAAGUCCAAGCAGAGGCAGUGGACGAAGCAGAGCGACAGCAGACACGUCGAGACGACAAAGAAGGGGAACGUUUCUUUGGCGGAACCAAGAAUUCCCUCGGUUUUCCCCAACGAACAUAUUGUAGGACGUACCGAGAAGACUCCGUGCUAAGUUAGAGCAUUAAACAGGCCCCAUUAUAACAAAAUGCCCAAAAAGAAAACCGGGGCCCGGAAAAAGGCAGAGAAUCGGAAAGAACGAGAGAAGCAGAGUCGAGCCAACCGGGAGCACGUUGAUGUGGCAAAACACCCUUGCAACUUUAACAUGGAUUGUGACAAAUGCCAGAGAAAACAGAAGAACAGGGCCUUCUGUUACUUCUGCAAUGCAGUGCAGAAGCUACCUGUCUGUGCUCAGUGCGGUAAAACCAAGUGCAUGAAAGCGUCAGAUUGUGUUAUCAAGCAUCCGGGAAUCCAUACAACAGGCAUGGCCAUGGUGGGGGCAGUGUGUGACUUCUGUGAAGCCUGGGUGUGCCACGGCAGGAAAUGUCUGAGCACCCACGCCUGUGCAUGUCCCCUCACUGAUGCCGAGUGCAUCGAGUGUGACCGAGGAGUUUGGGAUCACGGGGGAAGAAUUUUCCGCUGUUCUUUCUGCCACAACUUUCUGUGCGAGGAUGAUCAGUUUGAGCAUCAGGCGAGCUGCCAAAUUCUUCAAGCGGAAACAUUCAAAUGUGUUUCCUGUAAUAGAUUGGGGCAACACUCCUGCCUGCGCUGUAAGGCUUGUUACUGUGACGACCACGCCAAGAGCAAGGUUUUCAAGCAGGAGAAAGGCAAAGCGCCACCAUGUCCCAAGUGUGGCCACGAGACACAAGAGACCAAAGACCUCAGCAUGUCCACUCGUACCUUGAAGUUUGGCCGACAGGCGGGCGUCGACGAUGAUGACGACGACGACAGCGGAGCAUCUGGGUAUGAUGCCUACUGGAAGAAUUUAGCUGCUGGAGGAGGCAGUCAACAAGGCAAUUACGAAGAGGAUGAGGACUAUGAUGAAGAGGACUAUGAGGAGGAGGAGGAGGAGGAAGAAGAAGAAGAAGAAGAAGAAAUCGAUGAGGAGGUGGAGGAGGAGGCUUCUAAAUCUUUGGCUGAGCUCAAGUUAGGAGGGACUGCCUGAAAUAAACGUGUUGGCCUGCUGUUGAUUCCAGUGAUCUUUAGCAGAAGCUGACUUGUUUUAUCAAAGGUUGAUAUGAAAAGUUGAUAUGAAAACUGAAAUCAUAAAGAAAUGUUCACACAGCCACGAGGGGAAAGUCAGUGUGUUAACAUUCUAAAGAAUAGUUUAAGAGAUUUGAGCAGGUAAAGAACAAAUAAUGUUGAAAAAUAAUUGAUGUCAAAUAGACUAAUAAAUAUGUUUUAAAGUCAAA